AUGUCGCUGACCCAGAAGAGCUUGUAUAUUUUCGAUCUUCCGGCAAGCUUGGUAUCGACACUGAGCCCGUUCCGGACAGUUUCGGCUUACGAUUCGAGCUCGGAGAGCGAAUCUGACGACAAUGAGUUUUCCGACUCGUCGGACAGCUCGGACGAGGAGGGCUUUACGCCAUCUGCGAGCCACAUGACACAGUACAAGGAAGAGUACGAGGAUUUCGAUCACUGGAAAAUGGUCAAUUUGGCGCACAUUAGCGGAUCCUCCUUUGUUUAUUUCACCAGCAGCUUGAUCCCGCCAGGAAAGGUGCUGUCCGUCUACAAAUCAGUCUUGGACAAGGACAUGAUUAUAGACAGACCUGUGGAUAGCCUGACCCAGCUGAAGCCAGACGGCAAAAGUGCGGUUCUGCUGGUAGGUGCAGGUCACUUUGCCGGGGCUAUUUUCUCACACGUGCGUGGCAAACAUAAGACGAAUAUUUCAAACCCGUUUGCCAAUAUUAAUGUCCUUGCCUCCAAGUCGUUCCAUAGGUACACGACUCGCCGGAAGCAGGGUGGCGCCCAAGGUGCAAGCGAUAAUGCGAAAGGCAAAGCCAAAUCUGCUGGGUCAAAUAUGCGCCGUCAAGGCGAGCUUGCGCUCAAACAGGAGGUCCAACAGCUUCUCGAGUCUUGGGCCCCCGAACUCAAAGACUGUCAAAAGAUCUAUAUCCGUGCAUCAGGUAGCAGAAACAAGGCCUUGAUCAUGGGAUACCCGAAAGCACCCAUUCCUGCAAAAGAUGUGCGUGUUGCUUCGAUUCCGUUCGUCACCAAACGGCCAACUUACGAUGAGACCCGCAGAGUUUGGCUGCAAAUAACAAAAGCUCAGGUUGUUGAUCAACCUCAAGUGGAAUUGACGCCCACGCCAGAGCCGGCAACCAAGGUAACUGUGAAAGAGUCUAAGCCAGAAUCUGCAAAGCCGGUUGUUGACCCAGAAGUUGAAGCGACCAAGGUGAUUGUCGAGCAUAUCAAAAAGUCUCGCUUGGGUCCUUUGAAACAAGAGCUUGAGUCCAAAGGCAGCCUCGAUUUUACACUCCAACCGGCCUCCAAGUACAAGCCUUACCCCACAGCAUUGCUACUAGCCACGGCCCUAGACAAGUACCGCGUCGUCACGGGCCUGCUCGAGUGGGGGGCCGAUCCGACAAUCAAAGCAACUGGUGGAAAGACAAUUUGGGACAUAGCAGGAAACAGCAAAAAAACCAAAGAUGCCCUACAGAUAGCCCGUCACGAUCUCGGUGAUGACAAGUGGGACUGGAGUGCCACCAAGAUUGGCCCCGCGAUGUCCAAAGAGGACAUUUUGGCUUGCGACACGGCCGAAAAACUGCAGAUCAAGGAAAAGCUUGAAAAGAAGCUGCAAAAAGAAGAGGAACAGAAAAAAAAACAAAGACUAGAGCGCCUCAUUGCCAAGCAUGGAUCUGGGCGUUACGUUGGCGGUGACAAUCUCGGAACAAACGGAUUGUCAGAACAGGAAAAACAGUAUAUCGAGCGAGAACGUCGUGCGCGGGCCGCUGAGGCACGUCUCGCCCGCUUUGCUAAAAAAUAG